AUGAUCCCCCGAUGCGCGGUCAGCAGCGGUCACUCCCACCCGAGUCGGAGUUACUUCUUCUCCCCGUUGGACCCCCUCCCUCCCCCUGGUUUUCCAACCAAGAAACUAUCAAGAAACCUAUCACUAUCCGACAACAACCAUCCAAACCACAACCAACAACAGAUUCACUUCGAACCAUCAUCAUCAGCAGCAGCAGCACCAAUAACAGCGAACAAUCUAACCUAUAGCAGCUUCGUCGAGCCAAUCACUGUACUCAAGAACAACAUCUCCAAUAACGAGCUACAAUCCUCGGCAUCCAUACCACCCUACUAUCAACCUAGGACCUGGUCCCUACCCAGCUUACUACCUACCGGCUUAGACCCCUACACCUUGAAAUAUCAGAGGGAUAAAUUGAUCGAAACCAGGAUCAAAUGGAGACUCAACGAACUCGAAUCCUUCACCGCCAAUCUACCCGAUCAUUCAACCAGCGAUCCUCAAGAUCGAUCCACAUCCACUCAUCAAGACCAUCCCACUUCAUCAUCAUCAUCAUCAUCAACAACAACCAACCCCCAAACCAAUCAAAAAUUAAAGGCUCUAAUCGAAAUCAAAUCUUUGAGGUUAUUACAGAAACAAAAGGAGUUGAGGGAGGAGAUGAUCACUGGGAUCAAUCAAGCCACCAAGUUGAACUUAGUAGUCGAUCGAGCCGCACACAGGCGACCUAAAAAGCUAUUCCUGAGGGAUGCCCGCCAAACCGAACAGAUCGAACGAAGACAGAAGUUAGACCGAGAACAAAAACUGAAACAGAAACAUUUAGAUCAUAUCUCAUCCAUCCAAUCUCAUUCGAUCAAGUUCAAGUCAGCUCAUCUCGAAUCCAAAGAGCUCCUAUCCAGAUUCGGCAAAUCGGUGAUCAAGUUCCAUGUCGAAGCUGAGAAGGAAGAGCAACGAAGGAUCGAACGAUUGAGUAAGGAGAGAUUGAAAGCCCUCAAGGCUGAUGAUGAAGAGGCCUACCUGAAACUGAUCGAUACCGCCAAGGAUACUCGAAUCACGCAUCUGCUCAGACAGACCGAUCAAUACCUCGAAAAUCUGAGUCAUGCAGUCCUCCAACAACAGAACGACGCCGUCCACAGGGAUGGUCAGAUUCAUGUCGAACAAGAUCAAACUGGUGCGACAAUCGAUGAGAGUGCAUUCGGUGCUGCACCCGUCUUCGAUGACGAUAGAGCAGCUGCAAACCAGGCCGCAACGGCUGAAGGUGGCAAGGCCGACUAUUACAACGUAGCUCAUCGGAUCAAGGAGGAGGUCACCAAACAGAGCUCCCUGCUCACCGGCGGUCAAUUGAAGGAGUAUCAGAUCAAGGGUCUUCAAUGGAUGGUCUCGCUUUAUAACAAUCGACUCAACGGAAUUCUUGCAGAUGAAAUGGGUCUCGGAAAGACGAUCCAAACGAUUUCCCUCAUUACCUGGCUGAUGGAAAACAAGAAACAACCUGGCCCCUACCUGGUCAUCGUCCCACUAUCGACCCUACCCAACUGGACUCUAGAAUUCGAGAAGUGGGCCCCAACCGUCAAAGUGGUCGUCUACAAGGGCUCACCCAACGUUCGAAAACAACUUCAGCUUCAAAUCCGUCAAGGACAAUUCGAGGUCUUGUUGACCACAUAUGAAUAUAUCAUCAAAGAUCGUCCAAUGCUAUGUAAGAUCAAAUGGGUGCAUAUGAUCAUCGACGAGGGACAUCGAAUGAAAAACUCACAAUCGAAGCUCUCACUGACUCUGACGACGCACUACCAAUCGCGUUAUCGCUUGAUUCUCACUGGUACACCGCUUCAGAACAAUCUGCCUGAAUUAUGGGCGUUGUUAAACUUUGUGUUACCCAAGGUAUUCAACUCGGUCAAAUCGUUCGAUGAAUGGUUCAAUACUCUCUUCGCCAAUACCGGUGGUCAAGAUAAGAUCGAACUGAACGAAGAGGAGGCCAUCCUAGUCAUCCGUCGUUUACACAAAGUGUUGCGGCCAUUCCUCUUACGUCGAUUGAAGAAAGAUGUGGAGAGCGAACUGCCGGACAAGGUAGAGAGGGUGAUCAAGUGCAAGAUGUCCGGCCUCCAAUUGAAGCUGACCAAUCAGAUGAAGGUCCAUAAGAUGAUUUGGACGGAUGUCGAUAAUGCUACCAAUACGGCGAAGGGGAGCAGUGGGACAGGUGGAGUUAUGAGGGGCUUGCAGAACGUCAUCAUGCAGCUCAAGAAAAUCUGCAAUCAUCCGUUCACCUUCGAGGAAGUCGAAAGGACCAUCAACGGCCCUCACAAACCUACAAAUGAUACCCUCUGGCGAGCAGCAGGUAAAUUCGAGCUGUUGGAUCGAGUAUUGCCGAAAUUGUUUAGAACGGGUCAUCGAGUGUUGAUGUUUUUCCAAAUGACUCAAGUCAUGGACAUCUUCCAAGAUUACUGCGCUUACCGUGGGAUCAAAAACCUUCGGCUGGAUGGAAUGACGAAGCCCGAAGAGCGAGCGGAACUAUUGAAGACCUUCAACCAUCCCGAAUGUGGGAUCAAUCUAUUUAUCCUCUCGACUCGAGCUGGAGGCUUAGGAUUGAAUCUUCAAACGGCCGAUACGGUGAUCAUCUUCGAUUCCGAUUGGAACCCCCAUCAGGAUCUUCAAGCCCAAGAUCGUGCUCAUCGGAUCGGUCAAAAGAAGGAAGUCCGGGUCCUCAGACUUAUCACGAGUAAGAGUGUCGAAGAACAUAUCAUGAGCAAAGCUCAGUUCAAGUUGGACAUGGAUAAAAAAGUCAUCCAAGCUGGUCGCUUCGAUCAUAAAAGUUCUGCUGAAGAACGAGAAAUGUUCUUGAGAGAACUUUUGGAAGACGAAGAUAAUGAAGAAGAAGGUGAUAAUGAACUAGGGGACGAAGAGCUGAAUGAAAUGUUGAAGAGAUCGGACGAAGAGUUCGAAAUCUUUACGGAGAUGGAUCGCGAGCGAACAGCUGAAGCGCUUCAACAAUGGGCCACGACGGCUGAGGGACAGGCUGGCAAGCCACUACCCGAAAGACUGAUGACUGUUGAAGAGUUACCCACUGUAUAUUCUAAGGAUAUCGCUCCUAUCGUUUUUGAUCCAAAUGCCGCUGAGGAGGAGGAAGAAGGUGGGGGCCGAAAGGCUCGAAAUCGAAAUGCGGUCCAUUAUGAUGAUGGAUUGACGGAAGAACAGUUUUUAGAAGCAGUCGAGAACGAAGAAGACUUGACGGAAGUGAUUGCGAAGAAGAGAGGAAGACGAGCGAUUCGACAGGCCAAUAAGAUGAAGAAACGAGGAGGGAACGAGAGUGGGGAAGAAGAGGGAGAGGAGGAUGAGGAGGAAGAAGAUGAAGAGGAUGAUGAUUUUGUUGGCAAUGGCAGAGGCAACGGUCGGUCCUCCAAACUCAGUCGUGCAAAUUCGUCGACCAAUCAGUUCAGUCAUUCCCCCGAACCUAAUCGUAAACGUAAAAGGAUCCUUGGCGGGAGUCAAGUCGGAAUCGACGAUUCUGUUGAUGGCGAUUCAGAACGCGGAGUCCGAAAGCCACUUUCGAAUAAGAAGAGGAAAAACGCACAUGGAAAUGGUGGAGAAGAAGAUGCAGUACUGAACUCGUUGCGAAAGGUGAUGAGAGAAUGUUAUGAUGCAUUGAUGAAACCGAUCGCACCUGAAUCGGGUGAACGAAGGAUUAAUUUGUUUAUGGAUUUGGUCAAUCGUAAACAGUUUGUGGAUUAUUAUCAAAUCAUAAAGAAACCUAUUUCGAUGAAACAAAUCAAUAAAAACAUGACAUCUAAGUACAAAUCUCUAAAACAAUUUAAAGAUGAUGUUUACUUGAUGUUCGACAAUGCGAGGAUUUAUAACGAGACGGAAUCUUAUGUUUAUGUCCAAGCGGAUGAAUUACAGGAUUAUUUCGAUCACGUCUUCCAAUGUUUGGUGGAUGAAAAUGGGAAACCUCGAGAAGUCCCCUUACCUCAACGUCCUCCCAACCCGGAGCGGAACUCGGAUGACUCUUCUUCUGGAUCUGAAUCCAAUCAUGAAGACCAAAAUAUACAACCAUCACCCCAUCAGCAACCACCACCUCAAUAUCAACAACCACAACAACAGCCGCUUCAACCUCAACAACAACAGCCGCUACAACAACCGCAACAACAACACCCGCAACUCCAUCAGCACCAACAAUUCCAACAGCAACACCUCCAGCAACAACAAUACCAACAACAGUUCCAGCAACAUUAUCAUCAACAACCAUAUUGAUUUGUGUCCAUGUUGAACAACCUCUCACUCAAAUAAUGCUUGCACUCCCUUCUCGAUCGACACCCCCGACUUUCAUCUCUGGAAAGAUUCAAAUACGUUCAUGUUGUCUUGGUGCUCCUGUUUCUUUUAACUUUCUCUUUUUUUUUUGUAAUUUGAUGAUGAUGAUUGUCAUCAUCUAAAUCAAUUUCCGUUUUCAGUUUCUUUUUUUUUUUUCGACGUUACAGACGCCUGUGAGUUAGUUUGUAAUGAAAAAACAGUUUGUUUGAUCGGUACACGAAAAAAGAAAAGGAAAGGAAAGGUGCC